ACCCCUGAGAAGAAGUCUGUCCUUCUUGGCUGCUAGUGAUGAUUGAAUUCAUGCCGUGAACUUGAAGUCGGGAUGGUACGUACUAUAUCAAACAAUGGCACUUUUGCCUACGAAAAAGUCUUACAGAUAUUUUAAGUCAUCAUGUGACUUAACUCUGGAAGGGAGUCAGAUGCAGCAAACGGACGGGCCGCAUCCUGAAGCUCAACCUUCGAAGUCCAUGUGUUGUGUCCACCUACUAUAGUGAUGAACCGCUCGACCCAUAUUUGGAGCACGGGAACUGCACUUUGACAGGUCACAUAAAUCCUUCUCUAAUCGAGCUACAGCAUUUGAAUUACCUCGACCUGAGCUGGAACAACUUUUCAUACACAAAAAUUCCAGAGUUCCUAGGCUCACUCUCUAAUUUGGUGUAUCUUAACCUCUCCCGUGCAUGCUUCGCUGAGGACAUUCCCCUUCGCCUCGGGAACCUCUCCAAUCUGCAGUAUCUUGAUCUCAAUGACUUUUAUCUUCAAGUCAAUAACCUUGAAUGGGCAUCGGAUCUUCCUUCCUUGAAGCACCUCGACUUGUCUGGCAUCUCCGUCAGGAAUGCCCAAGGCUGGUUGCAGUCAAUGACCAUGCUUUCUUCUCUUCAAUUCUUGGGAUUAGCAGACUGUCACCUUCCAAAGGUUGAUCCAGCAGCCUUGCAAGUGAAUUUCAGUACUUCGCUGGAAUUUCUUGAUCUGAGUGGUAAUAAUUUAGGCUCCGUCAUUCCUAAUUGGUUGCUCAAUUUAAGCUCCAUCACACACCUCGAUCUCUCUUCUAGUUUUGCUGGAGGAGCCGUCUCCUUUCCCACUGAGAUCAUCAAUAAUAACAAACAGCUCGCCUUCCUUGGUCUCCGACAUAAUUCCAUGAGAGGUGAGCUGCCGAAGAAUCUCAGCAAUCUCUGCCACCUGGUUGCGUUGAAAUUGGGACGUAACGACUUGACUAGAGAUAUUUCUGCUGCAUUAGGCAAUCCUUUCAGCUGCCUCCAGAAUACGUUGAGAUAUUUAGAUCUCGAGGAGAAUAAAAUCAGCGGUCGUUUGGGGGAUGAAAUUGGGUACUUCAAGAAUCUAGAGUAUAUUGGCCUUUCGGACAACAAAUUGACGGGAAUCCCAGAAAGCAUCGGGCAGCUGUCGAAUCUCGAGUUUAUUGACCUUUCGAAAAACUCAAUCGUGGGUCCAAUUCCAGAGUCUCUGUUUCAACUAUCCUCUUUGAAGCAAUUGGAUCUCAAGGUCAACAAAUUGACGGGUAGAAUCCCAGAAAACAUCGGGCAGCUGUCAAACCUAGAGUAUAUUGACCUUUGGGGAAACUCAAUCGAGGGUCCAAUUCCAGAGUCUCUGCCUCAGCUAUCCUCUUUGAAAUGCUUGGAUCUUGGGCACAAUAAAUUGACGGGUAGAAUCCCAAAAAGCAUCGGGCUGCUGUCAAAUCUAGUUGAAUUAGACUUGUCCAACAAUCUCUUGGAAAGAGUGGUGACCGAACUUCACUUGGCUAAUCUCACGAGCUUGACUCAUUUGGACAUUUCGUCAAAUGAGUUGGCGGUCAAGAUUAACCCAAAAGUGGUUGCUCCAUUUCAACUCUAUACCAUUCGCAUGUCAAACUGCAAAGUUGGGCCUCAAUUUCCCACAUGGCUUCGAGCACAGAGGAACAUCGGUUACCUGGAUUUGUCCAAUGCAAGCAUAUCAGGUAUCAUCCCUGAUUGGUUUUACAACAUCUCUUUUAACAUCGAGCUCCUGGAUCUGUCUAGCAAUGAGUUGAGUGGAGAAAUUUCUUUGUGCAAUAUGAAGUGUUGGAAAAGGUUACGUCAACUGCAAGCAAUAAACUUGGGGAACAACCAGUUCAGUGGCCUGGUUCCAACAUUCUUAUGCUCUAUGAAAGAUAUGUCCUUUCUGGGGCUACACGGCAAUGCCUUCAGUGGGAGUAUCCCCAAAUGCUUAAGCACUAUGACUUAUCUUAAUGUGCUUGAUCUGAGUCGAAAUAAAUUGGCUGGUCGAAUCCCCUCCUGGAUUGGUCGCAUGGUUCAGCUCAGGGUGUUGAAUCUUCAGUUUAAUUCCUUCUAUGGGGAGAUUCCCAUGAGCAUAUGCAAACUCGGAUACCUUCGAGUUUUAAACCUUGCGCACAACAACCUUUCUGGAAGCAUCCCCCUUUGCUUUGACAACUUAACCACCAUGUCCGAUCCAAAGUACCUUCCCGAGACAAGCAUGUCUUCUUCGUUAGGAGUUGAGGUUCAAAUGAAGAGCAUAACCCAAGUAUACACCAGCGCAAUCCAGUAUCUUUUCUCCAUUGACCUUUCAAACAACAUAUUAAAUGGAGAUAUUCCGCCCGAGUUGACACGGCUCUGCAACCUUGAAAAUCUGAACCUGUCACAGAAUGAUCUCUGGGGAAGAAUCCCUCCAGAGAUUGCCAAUCUAAAGAAGCUGGAGUCCCUUGAUUUGUCCAUCAACCAACUCUCAGGCCCCAUACCACGGAGCUUAUCUGAAUUAAACUUCCUGAGUUACUUGAACCUUUCGUUUAAUCAAUUGUCCGGUCCCAUUCCCUCUAGUGCCCAGCUGAGUACAUUUACAAAUGAAUCAUAUCUUGGUAAUGAUGCACUCUGCGGACCUCCACUUUCAAAGAAUUGCUCGGGAAAUCAUGGCCAAUCUAACGAUAUUCACAAGCAGCAUGGUGAUGUUUCAGAAGGUAAAGACGAGUCCUAUGCUCUUUGGUUAUAUGCAGGCAUUGCACCGGGCUUUGCCACAGGAUUCUUGGGAGUUUGUUGCUCAUUAUACUUCAAGCAUUCUUGGAGGCGGUCCUUCUUUCUUUGGUCAGACAAAAUUAUCUCCCAAUUGCUGGUGAUGGUAGAGAUUAAGCUGCCAAAAGUUACCCGAAAACGCAAAAUGAAUCCAAUCAGAUGACAACUGACAAGAUCCAACAAUGAGAAGCACUUGCAACGAUAGCUAUUGCAAAGAGAUAAAAGAAGUCUGAAGUGAGGAGACGGUUCAUCUAUGAAGACUAGCAAGUGCACUGCAAGCAAGUGAGAGCGUCUCUCAUGUGUUUCGUCGGCAAAUAAGUCUUUUGUUCUUUGUAUUUCUGCUGAUCAGUUAUCGUGUAGCUGCAGUUGUGAUCUUUCGUAGUCAAUUAAGCCAAGAAGUUUGUACGAGCAGUAUACUUACAGUUUGUUGCUAGGCAUCGCCUAAGCUCUAAGUAAAGCAAUUUCUGGUUUACCUACA